UUCUACGAUUUAAAAUGUAUUAAAAAUUAUCAAAUAACUAUAAACAUUAUGUUUUUAAAAGCAAACAUUAAUUUGUACUGCCUAAAGUACAAGUAAAUGCAACGAGAUAUUUUAAAAAUUACUUAUUUUAUUUUAAAUCAUGUCACAGAUGUGAAAGUAGCAAAUUUUUAGCAAAUCGCCUUUACUAUACUUUUAUAUAAAUAUGGGAAAAACAAGCAAAGUAGUUGUAUGUGGAAUGAGAGGCGUUGGUAAAACUGCAGUUUUAGAGCAACUUAUAUACGGAAAUGUGAAUUUAAAAUCAUCUUUUUAUCCAACAAUUGAAGAUAUAUACGUUGCUAAUAUUGAAACUGACCGUGGGACUAAAGAGCGCGUAUGUUUCUACGAUACCGCGGGAUUGGAGCCUCCUCUUACAGGCGAGUUGAAAGGGCCACCUCAAUCACCGACAAUGCAGCUGACAGCCAAUCAAGUCUUGCAGCGACACUACCUUGGUUUUGCAGAGGGAUUUGUCAUGGUCUAUGACACUACUCACCCGGAAUCACUUGAUGUGUUGAUGUAUUUGAAGAAGGAUAUUGAUAGAAAUAAGGAUAAAAAGGAGGUAGUGAUGCUUGUUAUAGGCAAUAGAACAGGUCCGGAUGACAUCAAUAGCCUCGAGAAUACCUGUUCGAAAGCGGCUAACUGGUGUGCCAGGGAGAAAAUUCGCCAUUUUGAGGUAUCAGCUAUGGACAGGCCGUCCCUAUAUGAGCCUUUUAUAUUCAUGACGACGAAGUUAAAUCCUGUACAGAAUAAAACGGCAUUUCCUCAACUCUCUACUCUUAGUAAGCUAACUCAGAAAAAUAAUCGCAGUGACGCAAUGUAACAUUACGUUUUUAAUCUAUGCCCCUUCUGUUAUCAGCCUUGAGGUUCUUACUGUUGGCAACAUUGGAUGAUAUGUUAGAAUAUGCAAAGGGUGAUUGUUUAAAUAUUUUACAAAUAUUCUUUUAUAUUUCCCAAAACAAGGUAAUAAUUAUUUUAAAGGUAAAUCUACAGAAAAGUUGAAUCACAAGUUCUAAUGUACAAAAUAAACGAAAUUCUUAACCGAAAUACUAAUAAAACAAUAAUUAACACCUUUACACAGUAAAAAAAGAUAGACAGUAAAAAAAAAACUUAUGUGAGAGACUCAAACGUAUUUAAUAUAUCAUUAUGAAUUUAUCCUGAAUUUAUAAUAUUGUUAUAAAUAUUUGUACGAAAUCGCCCUUCGUGUAAAGCUACAAGAACCUAAGGAUAUCCAUUGCAGUUCAUGUCAUUUCUUCGAUGUAUCAUGACCAGCGAUAAGCAUUUCAUGCCACAUAAUAGUGUAAAACCUACGUCAGUGUUUGUUAGUCUAUGGUCCGCGGAACACUGGAGAUAUCUAAAGCAACUUCAUUACCAUAUACUCCUUUUGUUUAUUCUACUUUUGACAUAAGCGUGUCUAUGAAGUUUCGUAAUAAAUGGAUAGCAAUCAAAGACAGAACAAUGCAAUACUUUAUGAAAUACUUUUUUUCUUCUUUAUAAUAGAAAAAAACGAUCGUUUAAAGUAAAAAGCCGCUCUUUAGCCGUUUUUUUUUUAAAUUCUAUACAUUUAAAUAUAGUCUUAAUUAUAU